GGGGCAACUUCUAUGACUAUCAUGCAUUCCAUAGGCAUAUUCACCCACAACAUAUUCUGGUGUCAAUGCCAUGGAUCUGAACCUCAGCAGCAUGUGCAGCUGCUCAAUGCAGGAUUGUUUCCAGCCAGUAUAUCACAUCCUCAAACUGCUUUCACCUUUGAAGUCCUUGAUCAUUUCCUCAUUGAUGCACUUGAAUGCAAGACCUCUGCCAUGAGCUUCUUUCCAAAGCUUCAUUGUCUCACAAAUAAUGCUUCUCCAGACUUUGUUCUGAAUCAGUAUCAUGAACUCAUGAGGACAUCUCAUCAAUUCAGAGAUUUGAUGAAUCGUAAAAGGUUCAGAUUUGGUCAUGAUAUGAAGGUACAACCUGGUCAGGGUGAGCUAGCUUUAUUCUGUGCUGCCUGUCCACAGUCUGGCAUCAAUAUGCCACUGUCUUGGCAUGACAAAUGGCUGGUUAUGCAGAGAUACAUUGUGGAUGGAAACUUCACUGCUCAACAC